UAUGCAAUCCUGGACUUUGGAGCAACUAGGUGGGUAAAAGAAUCGAUUUACAGAUUGGAGAUAUUCCCAACACCAUACUCUCACACAUUUUUGAUUCCUUCGUUCAUGUACUGACGUGUACGUGUACUAUCUUUCUGCCUGUAUAUCUACAGAUAAUCACAUCAAUUUGCUACAGCAAAUGAAUCAGCCAGUUCCACAUUCUGUAGCUAUAUUGCGUGCAGAGGCUGAACGAAAGAUGAAGAAGAAGAAUGAUAAACGUGUAGCGAAUCGAAAGUCUGCAAGCAAUUCAAGAGCACGUAAGAAGGCUUUGGUAGAAGAGAUGACGAAAACCAAUGCUCGUUUAAAAAAGCAGGCUAUGAUUUUGGCAUUGCUUCCGGACUUGGUGAUGACGACAACCACAGACGGAGAGAUCACUUUCUGUAGUGCCCAAGCCGAGCGUAUACUCCGAUACAAGACAGAUGAUCUAGUUGGAGCAAAACUGUACAAUUUAUUGGUCCCAUCAUCAAGACACGCAUUGAAGACGCUCAUUGAGGAACUAGUACAUCCUGGAAAGGCGAAGGCUGCCAGAGCUUCUGCUGCUGCGCAAGCUCGGCGGAGUACAAAGCGUACUAUUUCGAAUCAGAACAAGUCUGCAGAUAGAAACGAUGCAAACAAAAACAGAGAAGAAAAUACAAAUGAGAAUAGCAAUGGAUCUGCUCGGGACUCUUCUCGUAACGGGGGUAAUUCUACAGAUGACACCUCAGGCGCAGCUGUUGUGUCUGAACAGUCUUUCCCGCUGUCAGUUGUGGAGGUUGAGAGUAAACAACAGGCACAGCAACAAAACAAAAGAGCAGGGGCUGGAACAAACGAAAAUCUUGACUCAUCAACGGGAGGUAAGCUUCCACUACGAUUCAUACUACAAACUUUGUUAUCUAUUUUGGAUCAUGCUUACUGAAUUUUUCCCUCUCUUUUCUGUACCUUUAGGCUCGGGUGAAGACGACGGUGGGGCACCUUCAGAACCCCAGAAAAAGGAAUCAAACAAGACUAUGGCAAGAGCUGAUGACUAUUCAUCGCUAUCAUCGGAGACCAAAAACCAAUGUGCGAACAGCAAUCUUGAUCGCAAUGUUCGUUGGCAUAACCAACGGAUGCUAGAAGAAAGCAACAAAACCGACAACGGGCCUAAAGACGAUGUAACUGGUGCAUCUGUGACAGCAAAUAAUGCUAGCGCACGUCUCUCCUCACUUGAACAUUGCCCCGAUGCCUCUCGAACUAAGAAACGCGAACAGUGCCCUCCUUACGAGAGCGCAGGCGACCAAUCUUCGUCGGACGACUCUCUCUUAGCUGGGGUUGAAGAGAAGAAGAAAUCCGAAGACGCGUCGGACGAUUCGGGGUACAGAGAAUCAAAUGAUUCACGUGAGGAAAGUUCAUCUUCGUUGAGCGAUACUUCCAGGUCAAACGGUAAGUCACCAAAUAUGAUUGUUCACUUUGAUGAAUACACUUUGUCAUAUGUUCAUUCUGACGCCUUUUUCCCUUUUCAAUGAUGAAAAGACCAUCGAAAGAAGCCUCUGGCUCCUACUUGUCGAAUGUGUCUCAUACGCGAUGAUCUAACAACAGUCUGGUGCGAAGUAACUUCUUCCAUCAGAAAUAAGUCAUCUGAUGAGGA